AUGCCUGGUCUCACUUCAUCUCCGUACCACGGCUCCUACUGCGAAUGGGCUGACAUCUCAUUCGAGUGUCCUCGGUCACCAUACUAUCGUCCCCAUACGCAGCCUCAGCGACGUCGAACGAGGUCUCAUAGUCAAGUUGACCAGCCCCCGUCAUGGUACCACGGGUCGCCCAAUCCCUUCUGUCAGCCAGCGACAUCAUUUACGCCUUUUUCUGCGGCCACUACUUUACCAGUCACACCGAACGUUUUCCAGACAACUCCGAAGAAGAUGACUUGGGAGGUGCCCAAUGGAGAGAUAUCGUUCAAGCACAAGAGCCACGGACAACAACCCGUCAAUGCCUUCGUUCCGACCCCGAGCCUCACGCCUUGGAGUGUCGCGACGCCUCUUCCUGCGCUGUCCCCUUGCCCUCCUGUGAUGACCCCUUGUACACCCAUCCGCACCUUGAACCUCAGCCCACGGGGUCCAAUCGGCACGCCCUUGCCCCCUGUUGACACGCCCAUGACUCCUGGUACCUGGCCUCCGCUAGCGUGGCCAGCUCGACUCCCAGUGCAGCUGUUCCCCUCGCUGGUGCCGAACCCGAUCAAUACCUAUCUCCCGCUGAUCAAAUGGGACCUGCGCCAUUACCCGAGUACUGCCACGCGCAUAUCCGGCGCGCAUGUCGAGCUCGCCGUCAAGAGCAUCUGGGGCGAGUCUGCGACGUACCCCGACGCGAAGCAGGCGCUCGUCCAUGUCGAGUUCAACUCGCCGCAGAUCGGUGCGCUCUGGGGGCCACUCGUCAUCGAGAAGCAGAAGAAGAUCACGGUCGGUGACGUGUUCACGGCGGUCCACGACUAUCUGCAGACGCCGCUGUCGAGAGCCGAGUAUGAGCAAAUCUGCGAUAUGGGGAUGGACAACGAGGGGAUCAUGAACGACGCAUUUCACGCGCGGUGUGCACGCAAGGUAUCGAAUGCAUUGCCCGGUUGGGAGCGCAAGUACGGAGUGAGGCGUGUCGACUGCUUGGGGCACAGGUUUUACUGGUGCGGCAUGCAUGUGUCGUUCAACUCGGACAACACUUGGCAGCUUCACCUCCAUACGAUUGACAUGAACAGGAAGCGCUGA